AUCGUUGUGACCGUCCUCGACGCCAUCCAUUUUCAAAUCCGCUUCACAAACUUUUGGGCGCUCAGCUGAUCCGGAGACCAUCAGGAUCAUCAUCACUAUAUACCAUCCUUGAUUAUUUCGUUUAUUCGCGGGCUUGCUGCAUCGAUGACUAAUAAAAAGAAGACUCAGGCAAAGAAAAAGCAGGCUCAGGCCGCUCAGCAAGCACAACGGCCCCAGCCAAAUGGCGUCAACAAAAAUCCGGUUCCUUCGCAGAGCCCAGACCCGCCUCCGGAACCUACACCUCCAGUAUCUCCAUCUACAAGUUCUACAACAACCAAUGGCAUUCCUAUUCCCCGUCAGGAGGGCCCUUCAGCAGAGGAAAUAAAAGAGCGUGGUAAUGUAGCUUUCAAAGCAAAGCAAUAUAACGAAGCUAUCGAGCUCUAUACCAAGGCUAUCGACAUGAAACCCACGGAACCAUCAUAUUUCACUAAUCGUGCCGCAUCUUACAUGGCCUUGAAGCGUUUCCGCCCUGCACUAACGGAUUGUCAGCAGGCUGCUACACUCCAAUCCGCAGACCCCUCCUCCAAGACUCUCAUCCGUCUCGCACGUUGUCAACUUGCACUUGGUUUGUCAGAGCCUGCAUUAACUGCCCUACGCUCUGUCCUUGCAUUAGAACCCACCAAUGCUGCUGCUGCACAACUAAAAGACAAAGUACUCGAACUAGAGGCUCAUUUACGUAACUUCGAGUCUUCACGCACACGCAAGGAAUGGGGCAUGGCACGUCUCGCAUUAGAUAAAUGUCUACAAAGUAUCGAAGGUGAGGGCGGCGAGAUACCAACUCAGUGGCGUCUAUGGAGAGUCGAACUCGAACUCUCACGAGGCAGCUGGGAUGCUGCCAACAUUGCUGCCAACGAUGCUCUUCGAUUAGAACCCAACUCGCCGGAAGUCCUUGCCCUUCGUGGUCUCGUGCUCUUCCUCAGCGGUAAACUACCUCAAGCGCUACAACACGUUGCUUCGGCGCUCCGCCUUGAUCCCGGUCACGAGCCGGCACAGCGAUUGCGCAAGCGCGUAAAGGACGUAGAGCGCCUCAAGGAAGAGGGAAACACCGCUUUCAAGGGUGGCAGGCUGCAAGACGCAAUCGACCGAUACACAGAUUGUCUCGACCGAAUAGGUGAAAUCGAGGAGGAGGGCAAAGGCGGGCAAAUUCGCGCCACUCUUCUCUCAAAUCGCGCAACCACACUCGUGAAGCUCGACCGGUACGAUGAGGCGCUCCUAGAUACAGAAGCCUCUCUCGCAUUAUGCUCGACAUCCUUCAAAGCGCUCCGUACUCGUGCACGUAUCAACUUGCAUCUCGAAAAAUACGAUACUGCCAUCGUAGACUUUAGGGCAUCGAUGGAACAAGCCGAGUUUGAAGGCGUCGAAGCCGACGUCAGAUCCCUGAGGGCUGAACUAAAGAAAGCCGAGGCAGCGCUAAAGCGGAGCAAGACGAAGGAUUACUACAAGAUCCUUGGCGUCGCUAGGGACUGCAGCGAAGUCGAAAUCAAGAAAGGCUACCGAAGAGAAAGUCUCAAACACCACCCAGACAAAGGAGGUGACGAAGAAAAAUUCAAACUUGUCGUUGAAGCGCACGCAGUCCUCUCAGACCCCCAACGUCGUGAGCGAUACGACAUGGGCGAAGACGAAGAUGGACAGACGGACGGCGGUAUGGGAGGCGCUGGAGCGUUUAACACUGCGGAUCUUGCAGAGAUAUUUUCUCAGUUCCAGGGUGGGGGACCGUUUGGAGGUGGUGGUGGGUUUGGGGGUGGUGGUGGGUUUGGGGGUGGUGGUGGGUUUGGAGGCGGUGGUGGGUUUGGUGGUCAGGGUGGGUUUGGUGGAGGCGGGUUCCACUUUCAUUGA